AUGGGGCAGGCAUGCGGCCACUCCAUCCUCUGCAGGAGCCAGCAGUACCCGGCAGCGCGACCGGCUGAACCGCGGGGCCAGCAGGUCUUCCUCAAGCCGGACGAGCCGCCGCCGCCGCCGCCGCCGCAGCCAUGCGCCGACAGCCUGCAGGAUGCUUUGCUGAGCCUGGGCUCUGUCAUCGACAUUGCAGGCUUGCAACAGGCUGUCAAGGAGGCCCUGUCAGCUGUGCUUCCCAAAGUGGAGACAGUCUACACCUACCUGCUGGAUGGGGAAUCCCGGCUGGUGUGUGAGGAGCCCCACCAUGAACUGCCCCAGGAGGGGAAAGUGCGAGAGGCUGUGAUCUCGAGGAAGCGACUGGGCUGCAAUGGACUGGGCCCCUCAGACCUGCCUGGGAAGCCCUUGGCAAGGCUGGUGGCUCCACUGGCUCCUGACACCCAAGUGCUGGUCAUACCGCUGGUGGACAAGGAGGCCGGGGCUGUGGCAGCUGUCAUCUUGGUGCACUGUGGUCAGCUGAGUGACCAUGAGGAGUGGAGCCUGCAAGCCGUGGAGAAGCAUACCCUGGUGGCCCUGAAAAGGGUGCAGGCCUUGCAGCAGCGCGAGUCCAGCGCGGCCCCGGAAGCGACCCAGAAUCCUCCGGAGGAGGCGGCAGGAGACCAGAAGGAUGGGGUCGAGUACACAGACCAAGACCGAAAGAUCUUGCAGCUUUGUGGGGAGCUCUACGACCUGGACGCCUCUUCCCUGCAGCUUAAAGUCCUCCAAUAUCUGCAGCAGGAGACCCAGGCAUCACGCUGCUGCCUCCUACUGGUAUCCGAGGACAAUCUCCAGCUCUCCUGUAAGGUCAUUGGAGAUAAAGUACUGGAGGAAGAGAUCAGCUUUCCGUUGACCACAGGACGCCUGGGCCAAGUGGUGGAAGACAAGAAGUCUAUCCAGCUGAAAGAUCUCACCUCCGAGGAUGUGCAACAGCUGCAAAGCAUGUUGGGCUGUGAGGUUCAGGCCAUGCUGUGUGUCCCUGUCAUCAGCCGGGCCACUGACCAGGUUGUGGCCUUGGCCUGCGCCUUCAACAAGCUCGGAGGAGACUUAUUCACAGACCAGGACGAGCAUGUGAUCCAGCACUGCUUCCACUACACCAGCACGGUGCUCACCAGCACCCUGGCCUUCCAGAAGGAGCAGAAGCUCAAGUGUGAGUGCCAGGCUCUUCUCCAAGUGGCAAAGAACCUCUUCACUCACCUGGAUGAUGUCUCCGUGCUGCUCCAGGAGAUCAUCACAGAGGCUAGAAACCUCAGCAAUGCUGAGAUCUGCUCUGUGUUCCUGCUGGAUCAGAACGAGCUGGUGGCCAAGGUGUUCGAUGGGGGUGUGGUGGAAGAUGAGAGCUAUGAGAUCCGCAUCCCCGCUGACCAGGGCAUCGCGGGUCACGUGGCAACCACCGGCCAGAUCCUGAACAUCCCAGAUGCUUACGCACAUCCGCUUUUCUACCGAGGCGUGGAUGACAGCACUGGCUUCCGGACGCGCAACAUCCUCUGCUUCCCCAUCAAGAACGAGAACCAGGAGGUCAUUGGUGUGGCCGAGCUGGUGAACAAGAUCAACGGACCAUGGUUCAGCAAGUUUGAUGAGGACCUGGCUACAGCCUUCUCCAUCUACUGCGGCAUCAGCAUUGCGCAUUCCCUCCUAUACAAGAAAGUGAAUGAGGCGCAGUAUCGCAGCCACCUUGCCAAUGAGAUGAUGAUGUACCACAUGAAGGUCUCUGAUGAUGAAUACACCAAACUUCUCCAUGACGGGAUCCAGCCUGUGGCUGCCAUUGACUCCAAUUUUGCCAGUUUCACCUACACUCCUCGCUCUCUUCCCGAGGAUGACACUUCCAUGGCCAUCUUGAGCAUGCUGCAGGACAUGAAUUUCAUCAAUAACUACAAAAUUGACUGUCCGACACUGGCCCGGUUCUGUUUGAUGGUGAAGAAGGGCUACCGGGACCCCCCCUACCACAACUGGAUGCACGCCUUUUCUGUCUCCCACUUCUGCUACCUGCUCUACAAGAACCUGGAGCUCACCAACUACCUCGAGGACAUGGAGAUCUUUGCCUUGUUUAUUUCCUGCAUGUGUCACGACCUGGAUCACAGAGGCACAAACAACUCCUUCCAGGUGGCCUCGAAAUCUGUGCUGGCCGCACUCUACAGCUCGGAAGGCUCUGUCAUGGAGAGGCACCACUUCGCUCAGGCCAUUGCCAUCCUCAACACCCACGGCUGCAACAUCUUUGACCAUUUCUCCCGGAAGGACUAUCAGCGCAUGCUGGACCUGAUGCGGGACAUCAUCUUGGCCACAGACCUGGCCCACCACCUCCGCAUCUUCAAGGACCUCCAAAAGAUGGCCGAAGUGGGCUAUGAUCGAACCAACAAGCAGCACCACAGUCUCCUUCUCUGCCUCCUUAUGACCUCCUGUGACCUCUCCGACCAGACCAAGGGCUGGAAGACCACGAGGAAGAUUGCGGAGCUGAUCUACAAAGAGUUCUUCUCCCAGGGAGACUUGGAGAAGGCCAUGGGCAACAGGCCAAUGGAGAUGAUGGACCGUGAGAAGGCCUACAUCCCCGAGCUGCAGAUCAGCUUCAUGGAGCACAUCGCAAUGCCCAUCUACAAGCUGCUGCAAGACCUAUUCCCCAAGGCGGCAGAGUUGUACGAACGCGUGGCCUCUAAUCGUGAGCACUGGACCAAGGUGUCACACAAGUUCACCAUCCGAGGCCUCCCGAGCAACAACUCACUGGACUUCCUGGAUGAGGAGUAUGAGGUGCCUGACCUGGGUGGCGCUAGGGCUCCUAUCAACGGCUGUUGCAGCCUUGAUGCCGAAUGA